UAAAGCAAAGAACAACUGACGAAUAAAACAAUUUUGAGAGGGAUUUGGAGAAUACAUAUCACGAAUGGAUUCUCUCGACUGUAUAACGCCAUCUGAUUCAGCUGUGGAAAUUGAAAAUCAAAGUGAUAACUCUUCCUCUGGUAGCAGCUUAUUUAAAACUCAGUGUGUUCCUUACUCACCUAAACCGAGGCAAAGAAACUUGAUUAGAAAAUUUGUUCAUUCAGCUGAAAAUGUUCAAGCAAGAGAUUCAUCUAGUGACUCAUCUUUUGAACCAAAACCAUUGACUUUAAAAGCUAUUUUUGAAAGAUUCAAACAAAAAAAAAGGAAACGUAAAAAGAGGAAAUAUAAGCCAACAGGAAGACCAAGGGGAAGACCAAAAGGAAGGAGAAACACUAGAAGCUCACAAAUAAAAAGGAAACAUAUAAAAAACAAAGGACAUGGAUUCCCAUUUUUAGAAUCAAAGAAUGGAAGAAAACCAUUACCUUGGAGAAAAAUUUUAACCUUUGAGCAAGCAGUAGCAAGAGGAUUUUUCAACUACCUUGAAAAACUGAAGUAUGAAUACCACCUCAAGGAAUCCUUGAGACAAAUGAAUGUCGGCGAAGAUUUAGAAAAGGAAGACCUUGAUAGUCGUAGAUACAAAUACUUGGAUGAUGAUGGAUCCAUCUCUCCUAUGGAAGAGUCAGCAGCAGAGGAUGAGGUUGCAACAAAUCUUGAACAUGCUGAUGAAUGUGAUAUCAAAUUGGUGGAGGAUAAUUAUUUCAUAAUAAGUUCUGAAUUACCAAAGAAGAUGAAUGUAUAUUUAGAACAAGAGGAAUAUACUGAAGAAGCUGCUUUAUCUAAAAAGAAGGCGUCAAAGUCCAAAAACAUUGGACAGAGGACAGAAUGGCCUGAAAAGAAGAUAGGUAUAUGAAUGUCAAGGUAAACACAAUUGAGAAAAAGCAACUUUUUAUAGAAAGAAAAGAUGAUGAAUAUGAAUAUAUAUAUAUAUAUGCCAGCCUCACGAUAACAACCUUCAAAGGAGAAAAUAAAAAGAACUUUUGAAAAAACCCGUGAAAGAAACUCCUAAAGAAUAAGAAGUAAUCAGAACAUCCUACUUUUUUUGCCUAUACUUGUUUAUUUCAGGGUAAGAGCUUAUAAGCAUCAUUUGAGCAUUGGGUCAAAGAAGUACAGAGAUUGUAAUCCUAAAAAGAAAAAUCUUAGUUAUAAUCACUACUGAUUGACAGCCAACCACCCUCUUUAGGGUACCUGGAACCUUAUUUUUAUCCCAGUUUUAUUCAGACAAGUGACCUUUCUUUAGUGUCAAAUGUUUAGUACUGUAAUAAGAACUUAAUUUUCCCUUCCUAACUACUGGAAUAUUUCAACUGCCAUUUUCUUGUCAUCACCACUGUAUUUUGUUGAUUAUGCCACUAUAUAUAAUUCAUUUUAUGAUAGCACUUGUGUUUGUUUUUGUUUAACUUGUGGACAAAGACUUAUAGACAAGUGCAAAAAAUAAAUCCUCUUUUGCAACCCAGAGCUCAUUGUUCAGUAUGAGUU